CGCGCAGAGUCGGAAGUUUCGAUUGAGAACGGAACUUCCCAAGUUCUAACCGCCUUCGGGCGUAGACUUCGACGCAUUCAACCUUCCUUAGAUCAGAUAUAUUAUGACAUUAUUUUUCGCUAAGGCUAUUUAAUAUAUGAACUGUUUCUUUCUGAUUCUUCUUGGAGUACUCUGUCGCUUGUUUUUCCUGGAAAAAGAAUGAAAAUUCACAGGGUAUAACAAUAGGAAAAGCUGGACGCUCUUAUUCUGACAAUGCCAUUAACGCGAAACCAACGGAGAAUUUAUAGUAUAGUGUGCAAAUUGGUCAAACAGUGGAUGAUUUCUUAAUGAAAUGCAAAAUUGGUUACUUGAGAGCCUACUCGAUCCCAUAAAGUCACUUGGUUCUCUGAUCCAGCGUAAGAUAUUAGUUUUUUGGUUAUAAUCAAUAAGAAAAUAUUGUGAAUUUUUCCGUAUUCAAGUAUAAUUUUAGUAGCAAGCGGGGAUUUGAGUGCCCCGACAAGUGACACAGUUCAGUUUUCAAGUCGAAUGAUAUGGAAGUCAAGACGAUUGAUGUAAAAGUACUACCAAAGAAAAUGAAGAAAUGGGGGGGAGGUGCUUUAAUUGGAUCUUUAUUCAUUCUGUUAGUUCUAAGGUAUACUGUGAUGAAAAAUCCCAUUGCGGAAAGGUCUUUUCUUGGUCCUCCCACCUUCAACACAUCAAAUACUUUAAAAUGGCCUCAAGCUGGACUUCCCCCUGCAGUUCAAAGUUCAGAGGUUUCCGAUCAAGCAAUUUCUGCUGAUAUAUUAGUUUAUGGUCUCUUUAUCCAAAGGAAUUUCUCUGACAAGGUGCAAACUGCUCUACAGACAUGGCACCAUAUGAAACACGUGAUUGAUUGUAGUCAGGGUUUUCCUAAUGCUGUUGAGGCUAUCAGGGAAGCCGGGGUUGCAUGGGACAAUCUUAUGAAUUCUGUUGAAAAUGAUCAAAAUGGUGAUUCAGAUGAAAAAUCACCUCUUAAAGCAAAGGAGAAACAAUGUCCGUACUUCCUUACUAAGAUGAAUGCUAUAGAAUUUGGUGACAACAGUUACAGGUUACAGAUCCCAUGUGGUCUGGUUCAGGGUUCAUCUAUCACUGUUAUAGGCACUCCAAAUGGUAAUUUUCAAAUUGAUUUAACAGGGGAGUCUCUCCCGAAAGAGAAAAAUCAUUCGAUAAUUUUGCAUUACAAUGUCCGGAUUUGUGGUGAUAAGAUAACUGAGGAACCUGUAAUUGUGCAAAACACUUGGACCGACACUCAUCAUUGGGGUGAAGAGGAAAGGUGCCCCUCUGCAGUUCCUGGCAAUAAUAAGAAAGUGGAUGAUUUGAACCAAUGCAAUCAAAUGGUGGGUAGAAAUGAUAGCAAGAGGUUUACAUCUGGUGGAUCUUCAAAUAUAUGGUCGCAAAUGGCAAAUAACAGAUCUAACCCUAGACAGUUUUUUCCAUUCAAGCAAGGGUAUCCAUCUGUUAUGACACUUAGGGUGGGAGAAGAAGGGAUCCAGAUGACAGUUGAUGGAAAACACAUAACAUCCUUUGCUUACCGUGAAAGGUUGGAACCAUGGCUUGUGAGUGAAGUACGAAUUUCUGGAGACUUGGAGUUAAUUUCUGUUUUGGCGAGUGGUUUACCUACAUCAGAAGAUAUAGAUAAGAUUGUUGAUGUAGAAGCCCUGGCAUCAGUUCCACUUUCACCUCACAUGCCUUUGGAUCUCUUUAUUGGUGUUUUCUCUACGGCAAACAAUUUCAAGCGUAGAAUGGCUCUUCGGAGAACAUGGAUGCAGUAUUCUGCAGUGAGGUCCGGAGCUGUUGCAGUGCGCUUUUUUGUUGGUCUGCAUAAAAACCAGAUGGUGAAUGAGAAGCUAUGGGAGGAGGUACAGACCUAUGGGGACAUACAACUGAUGCCUUUUGUUGACUAUUACAGCCUUAUAACCUGGAAGACUGUGGCAAUCUGCACCUUUGGGACGCAGGCUGUUUCAGCAAAAUAUGUCAUGAAGACAGACGAUGAUUCAUUUGUCCGUGUGGAUGAAGUGAUUGCCUCGUUAAAGAGGACCAAUGUGGCCCAUGGAUUGCUGUACGGUCUCAUCAACUCAGACUCGCGACCUCACCGAAAUUCUGACAGUAAAUGGUAUAUUAGCCCAGAGGAGUGGCCAGAAGACACUUACCCCCCUUGGGCACAUGGCCCUGGUUAUGUAAUAUCACAUGAUAUUGCCAAGGCAGUCUACAAGAGACACAAAAGAGGUCGUUUAAAGAUGUUCAAGCUGGAGGAUGUGGCAAUGGGUAUUUGGAUAGCAGAGAUGAAGAAAGGAGGUUUGAAGGUUAGUUAUAUAAAUGAAGAGAGGGUCCAUGCUUUAGGGUGCAAGAAUGGGUAUGUUGUGGCUCACUACCAAAGUGCUGGAGAGAUGCUUUGCCUCUGGCAGAAGUUGCAAGUGGGGGAGGUCAAGUGCUGUGGCAACGGGUAAGGAGACGCUAUUGUGACCUCUCUGUUUUACUGAUUUUUCUAAGCAGAUACGGGAUGAAAUAGAGCGCGGAGAAACUUAAAGGUACCCUAGGAUCUCACUUGUGGUUUGCACAUUUUGUAGUUAGGAACUUGUAGGUGGUCGAGGUGUCUCGUGUUUAUACAAUUUUGAGGGAUUUGUACAAAUUAAUUUUUUUGUAGUUUUGUAGGUGGUAGGGGUGGGGAGAAGGGCUUGAUUGGUUGUGAUUUGUACCAUAUGCAGUUGACAGGCAGGAAUUUUGUAUAGUGAUUAAUUUAUAGGAACUCAUUAUUUUACAUGAUUUGUUAGAAUUUUUAGCUAUUCUUUCAAUACCCUGUGUUUGUGUUUGUUCCACUAAGCUGUGCUUGUUUUGUCAUAGCAUUCGAUGGGCUUGUAUAUUUCUUACUCUUUGCAAUGCCUCACGGACUUCAGCAUACAUAGAGACUACUCUCUGACUUUUGCUUCUUAUUCUUAUUCUUUUUAUAUGUUAUUUUUCUAUUUUUUUCAAGAAAAUAAUUAAUAUAGUGAGAGUUUCAAGGAACGGCUGGCUCCCCAUCCACUCAAUUGUGAAGGCUGGACUCAUGUUU